UCAUGACCGGUCAUCAAAUGCAACAUCAGGUGAAUUGGUGAGAAAAUUUGUGGUUGGGGGCAGCUAUCUCCAGGGUGCAUCUAGACUAUGUAGACAAUUUGUGUGAAUGUUGUAGAAUGCCACUUGAUUCGGUACAGUAGGGAACUCGCCGAACACAACUAUUUGUAGAAAAUUACGUGCCGGUCAGAUACAUGCUGCGGUAGGAUUCCAUUAGGGGAUUCUAGUGUAGACACUAUCUGCCUAACUAAUGAGUGGGUCAGAUCCUGGUGAUGAUAGAGCUGACAGCAGGAGACUUACACGUUCGGAAGCAUUAAGGGUUCCGCACGUGUUCAGGACCUUAGACGAGGGAGAAGAAAGACGGCUUCGUGCCGAACGUAGAGCCCGUGCUCUAGCAGCGGGGAUAGCCGCAGCAAACGCAGCAGCUAGAGAGAAGGCAACAGCAGCCAGAGCAGCAGCAAUGGCUAACAGCGCAAGCUCUGCUGCAUCAACGUCUGCGUCCUCGUCAAGGACUAGUGGGACUCAUUUGGGAAUGCCACUGAGUUCCACAAGUUCCUCGGGCACUUCCGGUUCAACAAGGUCUAGACAAUCUUCUAGUCAGAUGGCGGGCUCGCAGUUCAGCCCGUUGACCCCGCGUGAGAGGGAGCUCAGGGAGAUCCAACAGGUCGAGAGGCUCUGCCAGCAGUUAGAGGAGGAUCUGAAGAAAGCAACCGAUAGAGAAAAAGAGAUAAAAAGUAGAGCGGCCAGACUUGAUACGUUAGAGGCUGACAAGGCUGCGUUAGAGGGAUUGGACGAAUCGAGUUUGUCUGACACCCUGAAAGUGUUGAGGGACAACAUGUUGUCACUGCAUGCGCACGUAGACAGCAGGAUGGACUUCAUGCAAAGCACUUUGGACCAAAUCCUGGAUGCAUUGACAAACCCAGGAUUCCGGCCACCAGCACAAUCGUCGUUGCCGUUAACGGCGAUGUCAGGUCCCUUUGUCGUACAAGCUGGCACACAGCCAAGUGGUACGUCUGCAGCAACAGCACAGACUGUUGCAUCUUCUUCUUCGGGUCCGGCGGUGAUUGCUACAUUACCACAACAACCUAUUCGGCAAUCUGGACAGCAGCAAGGUCAAUGGUACCCCAAGACCCCAAUGAAACUGCCUCUUCCCUUCUCAGGCGAGAGAAAGGACGAAGAACUCAACACAUGGUUGAGGACAGUCCCGGUUUGGGUGAAGGCCAAAAGGACCUUGCCUGAGGACGAAGUGGUAACUGCGGCGUCUUAUCUAGAGGGUAAGGCAGCCAAAUGGUUAGAUGGUGUAGUUGUGAAGGCUGGGUAUGGGCGACGCAUGGCGGAUUGGGCUAAGUCUUUGACUCUAGACCAAUUCAUGGAAAUGGUAGAAGCUCGAUGGCAUAAUCCACAGGAGGCGCAAAGGACCACUGAUGCCAUUAACAAACUGGACCAACGCAAGUUCAGGUCAGUUAGRGAGCUUACGACUACCGUYGAGAGCCUGAUCCUCRUCCCAGGCAUCRAYUACAGURACCAGUUCCUSUUAACYACGUUUGUUAGAUGUCUUCYUGAGAACAUGAGGAACUUGCUAGCCAGUGAGGCACGCACCGAGUACCACACGUUUGAGACAUUGUCUAGGAAAGCCUUAGACUUAGAGGCCACACUAGGCAAUGCUCAACCCACCUCAGGAAAUGACUCAAAGAAGAAGAAGAGUCCUCAGGAGUGGAAGAAGAAGGGGGCGAAGUUGAUGAUGGUUGAGUCUGAUGGGACUCAAACUGAGAUUGAUGAGCUCCCUGACUUGAUGGACUACUCAGAGUAUGACGGCGAGGAGGUAGCUGAGGGUCGCACCCUCGCCGCGGUAGUUAAGACUAAGGCGGCAGGCCGAGGAAAGGGCCAGCCUAGGGGUCAAGGGAAGGCCGCCUCCAAUCAGACCAAACCGGCUGAGUGGGUAAAGGCAGAUCUUGAUCAAGACGUGUGGCGUGACCGCCGAAUGUGUGGCGUUUGUAUCAACUGCGGAGAAUACGGACACAUGCAAUGGAAGUGUCAGAACGCUAAGGACCGGGUAUGGCACCUUAGUAGACCUGUAGCAUCUACUUUGGCCAACAAGGAGCGCAUGAUUGUAACAGACUACAUCAAGAACGUAGUCUGUACCUUCUCCUAUGGAGGAGGUGAGCUUAACCAUAAGAUCUCGUUCUUGGUUAGCGACGACUUGCCAUUCGAUAUGUUGUUAGGCAUGUACUACCUCGAAGUUGCUGAGCCCCAAUUCGACUGGGAUAAGAAGGUGCUCAAAUACAAGUUGCCCGAUGGUCGAACUGUUAGAUUGACUAAGUUCAAAGCCAGUAGUAUUGUAGAUAUCUAUGGCUGCUUGUGCGCAUCAACAUUCUAUAACUAUUACAAGCAAAACCAAGAGGAGGGUAUGUACCUUGUUUAUGUCUCUGAGAAGAGGGAGGCCGUUAAAACACCCCCAGAGAUAGAACGCGUCGUUGCUAAGUUCCCCGAUCUGUUCGAAGAGCCCUCGGGAAUUGUUGAUAGGGAAGUCGUCCACGCUAUAGAAAUCAUUCCAGGGAGUAAGACCCCAAAGGGAAGGGUCUAUAGGAUGGCCCCUGCCGAGUUAGAUGAACUUCGGAAGCAACUAAAGGAGCUGACAGAGAAGGGAUGGAUUCGGCCUAGUACUUCCCCUUACAGAUCACCUGUGCUAUUCGUACCGAAGAAGGGGGGUACUUUGAGGAUGUGCAAUGAUUAUAGGGGCCUCAAUGCCAUCACGGUGAAAAACGCAGAGCCUCUACCUCGCAUAGACGACCUAUUGGAUAGGGUGCAGGGAUGCAAGUACUAUACAAAGAUAGACUUGAAAUCCGGAUAUCACCAGAUCGCAAUAAGAUCUGAGGACGAACACAAGACAGCUUUUCAGAAUAGAUAUGGUUUGUAUGAGUUUGUAGUGAUGCCUUUCAGUCUUUGUAAUGCGCCGGGUACGUUCCAGCACGCUAUGAAUCGCAUCUUCCAUGACCAUUUAGAUAAGUUUAUCGUGGUCUACUUAGACGACAUUCUGAUCUUUAGUAAGUCUGUCGAGGAGCACGCACAACAUGUUGAGACUGUACUCUCACUCCUACGACAACACAAGUAUAAGGUCAACUUAGAGAAGUGCGAGUUUGGCCGCACUAAGAUACUAUACUUGGGUCAUGAAGUAUCCGCGGAGGGGAUUAGGCCGGAAGAUGCGAAGGUGGCUAGUAUUCGAGACUGGCCACGACCUCAGACAGUCAUUGAGGUCAGGUCAUUCUUAGGAAUGUGCGACUACUAUAGAAACUUCAUUAAGAACUAUUCUACAGUCGCCUCUCCUUUGACUAAUCUAACUCGACUUGACACACCGUGGGACUGGAGUGAUGAGUGCGAGGGUGCUUUCAAGAGAUUGAAGCAUGCACUCAUGAAUCAUGAAGUUCUCAUGGUUCCCGAUCCGCAGAAGCCAUUCAUAGUGACCACUGACGCAAGCCAAUACGGCAUUGGCGCAGUGCUGGCUCAGCAGGAUGGGAAAAAGUUGAGACCGAUUGAGUACAUAAGUAAGAAGAUKCCAUCGAAGAAGYUGGCUAAGUCYACCYACGAAAGGGAACWCUAUGCUCUCUACAAGGCACUUGUCCAUUGGAGACACUUCCUUUUGGGAAGGUUCUUCUAUCUGAGGACUGAUCAUCAGACCCUCAAAYGGAUCAAGACUCAACCGGCUCUUUCUGAUGCACUCAAGCGAUGGAUUGAGGUCAUAGACCAAUAUGACUUCAAGCUWGAGUACCUGAAGGGAGAGUACAAYAAGGUUGCAGACGCACUAUCCCGUAGAGCAGACUACCUAGGUGCGCUAGUUUCUGAAUUUGGCGUAUCUAAUGAAGUAACUCAAUCAUUGGUGGGAGCCUAUCAGGAAGACCCUGUCACGAUGGACAUCAUCCGCAAACUUCAGGCAAAAGACAAGGCCACCGAAAGUGAGUUUGUGAUGGUGGAUGGGCUAAUCUAUCUUGAUAAGGCCGGAGUAAAGAGAUUGGUAGUUCCAUCUAGUGAACAGUUGCGUAGUUUAUUUUUAGGAGAAUGUCAUGACGCAACUGGGCACUUUGGCUACAAGAAGACGAGUGCUAACUUAGUACAGCGAUUUUGGUGGCCCAGAAUGUUAGAUGACGCAAAGAAGUAUGUUGAGACCUGUCAGGUCUGUCAGCGGGACAAGCCGCGAACUCAAGCUCCGCUUGGGUUAUUGAAGCCUUUACCUAUUCCUGAUGGUCCAGGAUUGAGUGUUUCCAUGGAUUUCAUGGACACUCUUGUGACCAGCAAGAGUGGUAAGAGGCACAUCUUCGUCAUCAUUGACCGAUUCACCAAGUACGCUAGACUAAUACCAAUGCCAGAGGCAGCCAGGACAGAAUGCGUCAUCAAGUUGUUCAAAGACAACUGGGUAAGGGACUUUGGUUUACCAAAGACCAUCAUUAGUGACCGAGACGUCCGAUUUACAACAGUACCGGCGUUAGGUCCUAACCAGCUGCACUUAGGAUGGAAGCGUAAAUCAGCAUUAGACUUCCUCCUACCUGAAAACCGACCUGCUGCAACUCCAGGCACACUUGAAUACGGUGUGCAAUAUGAGAAGUUGUUGCAAGAGGCUGUUGAACAUAUGAAGAAAGCUCAGCAAGCCAUGAUUGCUUCUGAGAAUCAACAUCGCAGGCAGUCCACAUUUCAAGUAGGGGAACGUGUCUGGGUCAAGGCUAGUGAGUUAGGACAGGAAUUCGGAAUAUCUCGCAAACUAAUGCCUCAGUACUUUGGUCCCCGGGAAGUCUUGGAUGUAGUGGGAGAUGAAAUGGAUGGUCCUACGUACGUCAUUCGUGUCCCUGGUCAUCUACGCACUCACCCAGUCUUUCAUGCCUCAAAGCUUGCACCUUUCGCUGAGACUGAUCAAUUCCCUUCCAGGAGAUCGAUGCUGCCCCCAACCAUGGAUGGACAAGUCGACAUCGACGACAUUGUGGAUCACAGGGAUAUGCCUGUUCCGAAGCCGCUGGGUCGAGGAAGACCUCCUAAACCCAAGAGGGAGUACCGGAUCAGAUUCAGGCAUCAUACGAAUCCUAAAGAAGAUCGGUGGUUUACCCGGGAGGAACUGAUGGAAACAGCUCCUCAGGUGGUGCCAGAUUAUGAACGGAAGCUAAAAGGGAAGGCACUUGCGAAGUAAGCAUCUCAGCGGACUUUCGAAGCUAAGGGGGAUGGAAUGUGAGGAUUGAGCCCUCAAGUAGGGGCCUUGCCAUGAUGUACAUGUUCUGGGCUAAGGCCCCAGCAAGCCUAGUGCCCGCCCUAAGUGAAGGCAGGCCAGCAAAUCAACAAGAGCCCUCUAU